UACUGUGUAUUUUAGUGACAGACCUCUGUUUUAAAGAGUUUUAUAGGUUAUGUGUAGCUCAUUGAUGACAUGGCGCUGUAACAGUGAAUGUGAAGCAGCCUGAAGGCCAGUCCGUCACCCGCCAGAGACAGUACAGAUGUGUGUUUUGAUAUCCACUGUUUAGAGAAGCUACAGUUUUUCCGUAAAUGUGAAAAUCGACUGCAGGUUACUCUGUUAGCUUGUCAGACCAUAGAUUACACUGCACCGUAAGACUAAUACACAGUGCGUUAAUGUGGCUAGCUUGCUCGGCUAACUAUAGCUAACCAUAUUUCGUUAAAAACAUGCGAGAUAGUUAGUAGUCGCUUUCAGAUGUGUUUUCAGACCAUUUCUAAAGUGGCAAAUAAAAUUAACCAACUUAUUAAACAGAGAAAGUAUACCCAAAACGACAGUAACUUCGUUUUAGUCAGAGGCCUCGCCGUUAGCCGGUGUCAAGCCGGUAACUCACGUUGACUGUGGUGUGUUUCAGUACACGAUGGGACGUGUGAUCAGGGGACAGAGAAAAGGUGCGGGCUCCGUGUUCAAAGCCCACGUCAAGCACAGGAAAGGUGCUGCUAAACUCCGUCAUAUUGACUUCGCUGAACGCCAUGGUUACAUCAAGGGGAUUGUGAAGGAUAUUAUCCAUGACCCUGGCCGUGGUGCUCCCCUGGCCAAAGUCGCCUUCCGUGACCCAUACCGCUUCAAGAAGAGGACAGAGCUCUUCAUUGCUGCUGAGGGCAUCCACACUGGACAGUUCAUUUACUGUGGCAAGAAGGCUCAGCUGAACAUUGGCAAUGUCCUGCCUGUCGGCACAAUGCCUGAGGGAACCAUCAUCUGCUGCCUGGAGGAGAAGCCCGGCGACAGAGGCAAACUGGCCCGCGCUUCAGGAAACUACGCCACAGUGAUCUCCCACAACCCUGAGACCAAGAAGUCCAGAGUCAAGCUUCCCUCAGGCUCCAAGAAAGUCAUCUCCUCUGCCAACAGAGCUGUUGUUGGUGUGGUUGCCGGAGGCGGUCGUAUUGACAAGCCCAUCCUGAAGGCUGGUCGUGCCUACCACAAGUACAAGGCCAAGAGGAACUGCUGGCCACGUGUCCGUGGUGUGGCUAUGAACCCUGUUGAGCAUCCCUUCGGUGGUGGUAACCAUCAGCAUAUUGGCAAGCCCUCAACAAUCAGGAGGGAUGCACCUGCUGGUCGCAAGGUCGGUCUCAUUGCUGCCCGACGCACAGGCAGACUGCGCGGAACAAAGACCGUACAGGAGAAGGAGAACUAAAUCUGACUUUCUUGAUAAUAAAAUCUGUUCCAAAAGAA